AUGGGACGAGGAGACUUCGAGCUCGGCAAGGAGCUCGGCAAGGGAGCGCAAGGAUGCGUGUAUCGAGCAAGGAAUAAGUUGGACGGGAGCGUCGUAGCGAUCAAAGCUGUGGAGCUGUCGAGGAUGUCAAGGAAGAUGAGGGAGGAGGCGGCCCAUGAAGUUCGAGUGCUGUCGAGGCUGAGGCACGAGCAUGUAAUCCGAUACCUCUCGUCGUUCCAGGAGGGCAUGACGCUCUACAUCGUCACGGAGAUCGCAGAGGGAGGGACUAUGUACGAGAUGAUCAAACGACAGACGAGGAUGCUGCAGGAGAAACAAGUCUGGAAGUAUGUCAUACAGACAGCCCUCGGCCUCCUCCACAUUCACUCACAGAGGAUUCUUCAUCGAGAUGUCAAGACCAUGAACAUCUUUCUGACCAAGACCGGCGACGUCAAGCUUGGCGACCUUGGAGUAGCGAAGAUACUCGACAACACCAUGGACAUGGCGAUGACGAUGGUUGGAACUCCUUAUUAUCUUUCCCCCGAGCUCUGUGAGGGUCGAGCAUACAACGAGAAGUCUGACGUCUGGUCCCUCGGCUGUGUUCUAUACGAGCUCUGCACCUUCAAGCAUCCGUUCGAGGCUGCCAACCACGGGGCGUUAGUGCUCAAGAUUGUGCGAGGACGAUAUCUUCCGAUUCCUUCUUCCUACUCCCAGGUGAUGACGAGGAUUGUGGACGAUUGCCUGCAGAAGGACGUCAGGAGCAGACCGACAACUGAAGAGCUUCUCCGGUCUCCUCUCCUCGCUCCAUUCGUCUCCAUAACGUGUUUGAAAGGAAACUGGCCGAUCUGA